AUGAGAGCCCAGAGAGUCCCUUACUGGUGCCAGCUGGAGGGGGUUACUGGGAGCCAACUGGGAGCUACUGGGGAGGGGGCUUUGACCUUUGACCCCGAGCCAGACCCCCGGGAGCUGGAAGCUGCCAGAAGCCUCUUUGGAGCCAUGGAGCCCUGGGAGCUGCUGAGAGAGGACCAGGAGGGAGACACGCUGCUGCACCUGCUGUGUGCCAGAGGCUUGCGGGGCCCUGCGCGAGCCGCGGCCGAAGCCUUCCGCGGGCUGGGGCGGCUGGAGGCCAGGGAGCACCGCGGGAAGACCCCGCUGCUGGUGGCCGUGGCCGCGGCGGCCCCGGGGGUGGUCUGGGACCUGCUGGCCCUGGGGGCUGACCCCAACGGCGCCGACCGGGGGGGGCGAACCGCCCUGCAUCUGGCUGCCACCUACGGCCUGCCCAGGGUCAUACAGGCUGUGAUGGCUUCGGGGGUCCCUGUGAACCUGGAGGCCAGGAACUUCGAGGGCCAGACCCCCCUGCACUGUGCUGUACUAUCCCAUAAUGCCUCGCUGCAAAGUAGGGGGGAGACCCCCGGGGGGGGGUCUGGGGGCAGUCCUCCACCCUCCACCCCCCAGGAGCAUCUUCUCUGUGUGGAGCUGCUGCUGAGCAUGGGAGCAGACUGCAGAAGCCAGGAGCUGAAGAGCAACCAAACCGUGCUGCACCUGGCGGCCAGGGCUGGCAACCUGCCCCUGCUCCACCUCCUGCUGCCCAGGCCUGGCCUGGCCCCGAGCAUCAUCAACCUCCAGGCCCACGGCCACACUGCCCUGCACAUGGCUGCAGCGCUGCCGGGGGGGCCCUGCCAGGAGCCUCUGCUCCGCCUGCUGCUGGCCUGGGGAGCAGAUCCUGGCAUCAGGAACCUGGAGCACGACCUCCCCCACAACCUCCUGCCCCCAGGACCCCAGGGGGACCAGCUCCGCCGCCUCCUCCGGAGCUGCCGCGGCCGCCGCCGCCCCUCCCCCCACGCCCGGAAGUGA